AUGAGACCCAUACUGGUGCUUCACUUCACACUGACUGCCUUCGCCGUCAUCAAUAACAACACCAAUGACUCUCGCAAGUUGAUCAUUGGCUUCCAGGCCCCCUUGAAUAUGUCGUCCCCUUUCAGCGCCCUGCGGCUGGGCUCGGCCAUACAGAUAGCCGUGGAGAAGGUGAACAACAACCCCUCCCUCCUGGGGAACUACAGUGUGGAAUUCGUGUACACGGAUACAGACUGUAAUCCCAAAGCUUCCCUGGGAGGAUUCAUUCAGCAGGUGUGGAGGGAAAAUGUGAGCGCGCUGUUUGGACCAGCAUGUCCUGAAGAAGCAGAGGUCACCGGUCUCAUUGCGUCCACUUGGAACAUCCCCAUGUUCGGCUUUGUGGGACAGUCCUCCAAAAUGGACAACAGUGACAUCUACGACUCCUACAUCAAAAUCGUUCCACCUCUCAAACGAAGCUCGGAGGUCCUGGUGAAGACCCUGGAAUUUUUUGGGUGGAGUCACGUGGCGAUGAUCGGAGGAGGGCUGGAUUCAAACACCUGGGACAAAGUCGACGCUUUGUGGAAAACCAUUGAGAAUCCGCUGAGAGAGAAAUUCAAACUGGCUGCCGCCGUUAAGUUUGAUACCAGCAACCCUCAACUGUUGCAUCGAAAUGUUAAAUAUAUCUCGACAGUCGCAAGAGUGAUUGUGGUGCUGACAAACAGAGAGGACUCCUCCGCUCUGCUGCUGGAGGCCGAGCGACAGGGUCUGAUGGAUGGCAACUAUGUGUUUUUCCUGAUACAGCACUUUGAGGACAACUUGUGGAAAUAUGCUCUGAACGAUAACAUUAACCAGGCUGCCAUAAGAGCUUUUGACAUGACUUUCAUCAUCGGCCAGAAAACCUACGAAGGCUACGAGUAUUAUGACUUCUUCGAGCAAGUUUUUGAAAAACUGAAACAACCCCCAUUUCAGAGCAACCUGACAUCCAAAAGAGAGAUUAGCCCGUACUCGGCCUACCUGCACGAUGCGGUGCUUCUUUAUGCGAUGGGACUGAAGGAAGUCCUCAAAGAUGGAAACGACCCUCGUGAUGGACGGCAGCUGCUGCAGAGAUUAAAAAAUAAAAAACACAUCCGAUUUGAUGGUGCCUCUGGACUAGUCCACUUUGACGAAGAGGGGGAGAGAAAUCUAGACUAUUCCAUUUAUGACCUGCAGCAUGUAGGAGACGUCACCAAGUUUGUGCCCAUCCUCCAUUUUGACAGUCACACCAAAGCUGUCCGGCCAACGUCUAUGUUUGCGUCUGUGGUCUGGCCGAAAGGAAGAAGUCCCUCUGAUAAACCAAAAUGUGGCUUCAACAAUGAGCUCUGCGAAUGGAUCAUUAAUGACAUCGCCCUGCUGGCUCUGCUCAUCAUCUUCCCCGCCAUCGGCCUGCUGGCAGUUUUUUGCAUCGGGGUCCUCAUGCUGCAGAAGUUACGUCUCCAGACGCGGCUCGACAACUCCUGCUGGUGGCUCAUCAACUACAGCGACAUCACCAUCAUCAGGGAGCACUCGGGAUUUCAGGGUUUAUCUCUGAGCACCACAGCCAGUCAGAGCGCCAGCAGCGGCUCUCAGUCAAAUUUCUCCAACAACAGUUACGGCCUGAGGGACAAGACGGGGACAGAGCACAUCUACACCACCAUAGGUCUCUACCAGGGAAAUCAAGUGGCCAUCAAGUACAUCAAGACCCCUGUUUGCACUAAUUUCCAUAAACCUUCAAUUAUUGCAGAGUUUAAUGUGAUGAAAGAGAUGAAACAUGAGAACUUGGUGCAGUUUUUUGGUGUUUGCAUCGAGCCACCGAACGUCUGUGUGGUCACCCAGUACUGCAGGAAAGGCAGCCUGAAGGAUGUUCUGAAGUCUACAGAUGUUGAACUGGACUCGAUGUUUAAGCUCUCCUUUGCUUAUGACAUUGUCAACGGGAUGGAUUUUAUUCACAAAAGUAACCUGAAAUUUCACGGGAACCUGAAGCCCAGCACGUGUGUGGUGGACAGUCGACUCCAGAUAAAACUCUCUGGCUUUGGACUGCGGGAGUUUAAAUACGGGACCAGAAACAAGGUCAUCUCAUUGGAAAGCCUCGAUCAGGAAGAUAUGUACUGGACAGCCCCCGAGCUUCUGAGACAAGUCGGUCUCCAGGGCAAUGGGACGGCCAAAGCUGACAUCUACAGCUUCGCCAUAAUCAUGUGGGAGCUCAUGUACAACGCCAAGUCUGGCCCGUAUCACGACAUCAACCUGGAGCCCAAAGAGAUUAUCAUGCAGUUGCGGACGCCUUUCCAAGGGCAGUUCCUGCGACCGCCUCUGUCUGAGGAGCUGUGUGAUGCGAACAUCAACAUGCUGCUGAAGGCCUGCUGGAACGAAAACCCCGACCAUCGUCCGCCAUUUGCUUCCAUUAGGAGACAGCUGAAGGACACCAGCCCAGACAGUCAUGCAAAUAUACUGGAUAAUAUGGUGGAAAAGUUGGAGAAAUAUGCAAAUCACUUGGAGGAGGUGGUGGAAGAGAGGACCAAUCAGCUCACAGCAGAGAAGACCCGUGCAGACAAGCUGCUCUCCAGCAUGUUACCAAGUUACAUCGCAGAGCAGCUGAUGGUGGGGAAGUCCCCGGAGCCCCAAAGCUACGACAUGGUGACCAUCUUCUUCUCUGACAUCGUGGGCUUCACGUCCAUGUGCUCCGUCAGCUCUGCGAUGGAGGUGGUCACGUUCCUCAACGACCUCUACAGCCUCUUUGAUGACAUCAUCAAGAUGUACGACGUCUAUAAAGUGGAAACGAUUGGUGAUGCAUACAUGGUCGCCAGUGGUCUUCCCAUCAGCAACGGCCAUCAACACGCUUUGGAGAUAUCUACGAUGGCUCUACAUUUCCUGAGUUCAAUAAAAGUCUUCAAAAUCCACCACAUGCCGACUGAGAGUCUUGCAAUUCGCGUCGGGAUACACUCUGGUCCAGUGGUUGCUGGAGUGGUGGGCACCACGAUGCCUCGCUACUGCCUCUUUGGUGACACGGUGAACAUGGCGUCUCGCAUGGAAAGUAACAGUUUACCCCUGAAGAUUCAUAUAUCUCAGUGCACAGCUGACAUCCUGGUUCAGGCCGGAUCGUUUGAGCUGGAGGAAAGAGGGGAGGUCGAAAUGAAGGGUAAAGGGUCUCAUAAGACCUACUGGCUGCUGAGCAAAAAAGGAUUUAAUCCUCCUCUCAUGGCUCACAGCUCUCCACAGUCUGACAAGCACAAACUACAAACAGAGGUACAGUGA